GCGUAGUGGCGUACUUCAUUCUCCAUCAUUCUCCAUUCAGGAUCUCGGUGCUUGUUUCCCUCGUCCUCGUAGCGUACGGUCAGGUCAGGAACGUGAUUCCUCGUCUCUUUCGCGGGUGGAUUCCACGAAAUCUACACGUCUUGCGCGCCAGCCACGGCUCGACAAUAAAAUGACGGAAAACAAAACGGAAUUCGACUGGGGAAAUGAGAAGUUACAACGCGCUCAGAAGACUGUCGAUGAAUCGCUAUAUGACUUGGAAGCAUGGAGCAUACUUAUAAGGGAAGCACAGAACAGACCGAUCACAGAAGUGAGGCCAGUGUUUGAAAAACUUGUUUCAGUAUUCCCAUCGGCUGGACGUUAUUGGAAAAUUUACAUAGAACAAGAGAUGAAAAUGCGGAACUUUGAGAAGGUAGAAAAGCUUUUCCAAAGGUGCCUCAUGAAAAUAUUAAAUAUUGAAUUGUGGAAACUAUAUCUUUCUUAUGUCAAAGAAACGAAAGCGAGUCUAACUACGUAUAAAGAGAAAAUGGCACAAGCAUACGACUUUGCAUUGGAUAAAAUUGGCAUGGAUAUACAUUCCUAUAGCAUUUGGAACGAUUACGUCAUGUUUUUGAAAAGCGUCGAAGCGGUCGGAUCAUAUGCGGAAAAUCAGAAAAUCAGUGCUGUACGAAAGGUUUAUCAACGAGGCGUUAUUAAUCCCAUGAUAAACAUGGAACAAUUGUGGAAGGAUUACAUGGCGUUUGAGCAGAACAUUAAUCCAAUAAUCGCGGAGAAAAUGGCCAUCGAAAGGUCUCGGGAUUAUAUGAACGCAAGGCGCGUCGCUAAAGAAUUGGAAGCUGUUACGAGAGGUUUGAAUCGGAGUGCACCCAGCGUACCUCCAACUGGUCAUCCCGAAGAAGUUAAACAGGUCGAAUUAUGGAAGAAAUAUAUCGCGUGGGAACGCAGUAAUCCUCUAAGAACAGAAGACACAUCGCUGGUCGCUCGGAGAGUCAUGUUCGCAAUCGAACAGUGUCUUUUAUGUUUGGGCCACCAUCCUGCGGUAUGGCACCAAGCGGCGCAUUUCUUAGAGCUGAGCUCUAAAAUACUGACGGAGAAAGGUGACGUGAAUGCGGCCAAGAAUCUCAGCGAUGAGGCUGCUACCAUGUUCGAGAGAGCGACAAACACGCUGCUGUCGAAGAAUAUGCUGUUGUACUUUGCGCACGCGGACUUCGAAGAGGGUAGAGUGAAAUACGAGAAAGUGCAUCAAAUAUAUCAAAAAUUUCUCGAUAUAUCGGACAUAGAUCCUACCUUGGCAUAUGUGCAAUAUAUGAAAUUUGCGAGAAGAGCCGAGGGUAUAAAGUCUGCGAGGACAGUGUUCAAACGAGCACGAGAGGAUAUAAGAUGUAAACAUCACGUAUACGUCGCCGCUGCGUUAAUGGAAUACUAUUGCACUAAAGAUAAAACCAUAGCAUUCCGUAUAUUUGAAUUAGGGUUAAAGAAAUUUGGAGAUAAUCCCGAUUACAUUCUCUGUUAUAUAGAUUACCUGUCACAUUUAAACGAGGAUAACAAUACACGAGUCCUAUUUGAGAGAGUAUUAUCUUCCGGUUCUAGUUUAGAACCAGAAAAAUCAGUAGAUAUAUGGAAUCGUUUCUUGGAAUUCGAAUCUAAUAUUGGCGAUCUAGCUAGUAUCGUCAAAGUCGAGAAAAGACGAAGUGCAGUACUGGAAAAGAUUAAGGAAUUCGAAGGAAAAGAGACUGCCCAGUUAGUAGACAGAUACAAAUUUUUGGAUUUAUAUCCAUGUACUCCCAUGGAGUUGAAAUCAAUUGGAUAUAUGGAUGUCUCCAGCGUUGCUAGAAACUCCAUUGGCGUUAUACCUCGCGUACCUGAUCCAGAAGAGGCGAUUGCCGCUUUACCCAGACCCGAUCUGUCGCAAAUGAUACCAUACAAGCCAAAAGUGAAUCCCUUGCCUGGUGAACAUCCAGUAUCAGGUGGUUCGUUUCCGUUACCACCGGCCGCGGCUCAAUUGUGCACCAUGUUGCCGCCACCUGGUUGCUUCAGAGGCCCGUUCGUUGCCGUUGACUUAUUGAUGGAUGUUUUCAGUAGAAUUCAAUUACCCGAUCAUGCUCCGUUGCCAGUGGCGGAUAAUGGAUGUGACACCAAACUGUUCGAUCUCGCGAAAUCUGUGCAUUGGAUCGUCGACGAAAGUAACGACGGCAUGAGCAUCGGAUCGAAACGUCGACGGACGCGUUUAGGUGGCGACGACAGCGAGGAAGAAGAUUUACCGCCUCCACCUGUAAACGAUAUUUACCGCCAAAGACAACAGAAGCGAGUUAAAUGAAUGAGAGAAACGAAUGGCAUAUAAAUAGAAACGUGUGAAACACAUGAAUGACCAUGUUACGAUACACAUGGUGAUUCAUAACGCCCCGAAUGUAUUUUUAUGAGUUUAUUUCUUACCAUCACUCGUUAGUGGAGAAAACAGAUCUAUCAUUAUCGCGUGAAAAACAUAAUAAUUACAUUUAUAAAGUUAUUAAAUUCCUCAUGUGACAUCGUGCACGAUAAUUUGAGUACUAUGUACUCUAUAUUUGCGUCCUUUGCGUUCUAUCUCCCCCUUCAUAUGUGUACUAUUGUUUAUACGUGGCUAAAUAUAUUAUUUUUUAAAUAGACCGGUGUAUAUGGAUUUAUGUACAUUAUACAUAUAAAAGGAAGGAAAAACGGAUACUGCCCACAAUUUAUACAUAGGCAAAUUUCUGUGAUUUGUGUGUGAGAUCAAUCAAGACUAUCUCAAUUCUGUCAGAUCGAAAUCGGUAUUGGUGGAAAGCUAUGAGAUUAUAACUAAAACUAUCAUUGUACAAAACGAUGGACGCAAUUUCCAUAUAGAUUUUGUUGCAAGUAUUAUCAAGAGAUCGCAUUUAAUCUUUUCUACUUCGUGGAGAAACUUCUAUGCCAUUAUUCAUUUGAGAUGUAUGUAACUCGUCGUACAGGACCAAUAAAUGAUUAAUGUGAUACUACAUUAUCUCAUUAUAAUA